GCCUCAGUGCAAACAAUGAUCAUUCGGUUCAACAGCAAGAAACUGGAACCUAACAGGAAUAACGUGUUCUUUCAUGGAGACGGCGAUGAUUUUGGACAGUCUCGUUGAAAGAAACUUUUCUCUGGAUGCGUGGAGUGUAAAUUCCUCGGGAAAUGUGAGCGAGGCUUUCGAGCUCCCGUUGUACAAGAGACAGAUCAAGAUAAUCUCCAUGACGGUGAUUUUCAGCCUGGCUUUGAUAGGUAACCUGGCGGUGCUGCACAGGAACUGUUGCAGCAAAAGCAGGAGGCGGAAAUUGGAUGAACUGGUCAGUAAUCUGGCCGUGGCAGACCUGUGUGUCUCUGUCCUGCUCUUGUUGGCUCAGAUCAUCCAGGAGGUGCUGGAACAAGAGUGGCAGGCUGGAGAUGUCGCGUGCAAAAUGUUGAAAGUUUUCCAGGCUUUUGGACUGAUUGCUUCUUCCGGCAUCAUUGUCAUUGUCGCUUUGGAACGGCACCAGAUAAUAGUCAACCCGCUGGCAUCUCCUCUCCCGACCAGGAUCUUGACUGCUAUCAUUUGGAUCAGUGCUUUCGUGCUGUCAAUUCCGCAAGCCUUUGUUUUCAAACUGACAGCACAGGAAGGCAGGGAGAAAUGUCUGAGCGUAUUUGGAUACCUUUCCAAAUGGCACUUCCAGCUAUAUAUCAUAUUUGGAGCUGUUACUAUGUUUUUGGCUCCCUUUUGCACCCUGUGUGUGGCGUACACCAGCAUCCUCUGGACCAUUUGGAGGCAGAAGCAGCACAUCGGAGACUGCCAAGCUAGUGAAAAUGUUGACCAAAAGCAACAGAGAAAGGUCCAAAUUGUCGGUACCAACUGCUCCAUUCCAAGAGCCAAAGUGAAGACUCUAAAGAUGACUUUGGUCAUGAUCAUAUUCUUUAUAAUCUGCCGGCUACCUUAUUUUGUGAUAGAGAUGAAAGUUGCCUUCGGGACCAUCACUGAAACAGACAUCAAGGUGAUUACAGUUUUGGGAAUCUUUGUGGUUUCCAACAGUGCUGGCAACCCAUAUGUCUAUCUGUUCUUCAAAACCAACAAUGUUUACUUCAGACGACUGGAGAAGAGCGUCUGUUUCACCUGUCUGAAAGAUUACAGAGAGAACACAUUUCACAGGGAACUGUGCGCAAUUGGCAAACGAGUAGAGCAGCCUAACGCGACCACUACAUCAUCCAUACAACCCCCUCUGCCAGAUUCUUGUGUCUCAAGAGGGAGCUCAUAUCCUGAGGGAGUUCUGUCUGAAGAGCGCAUUGCCCAACCGGCAUCACGCUCCACUGCUGACAGUAAUCAUUGUUAUUAAUAUUCUCAAAAUAUGUCAACUAUUUCUACAGAACCCUUUACAUUCUUCCGGGUAAGAUGACGAUGAAACAGAGUAAAACCCUCGAUUAUUAAAAACUUCGUUUUCCCUGACAAUCGGCAUUAUCCGUUCAACUUCCAAGGCUGGGAACCCCUGCAAAUGGAUCUGGUGUCGUUCGUUUCCUGCAGCAUUAAAGUCUGUGAAUCUCUGUGCCACAUUUUAAUACUUUUCUUCGGCUUCAGCUGUUCUCAUUUCAUCCACUUCACAUAAAUUUUAAAGGAUCACUUCUCAGACACCUCCUUCCAGGUGUGGAAAACAUUGAUGACAACUGGAUACAACAAAGCCAUUUUCAAAAGCAGUUAAAAGAAGAACUUUUAUUUCCCUAGUGCCUCUCAUGACUUCAAGAUCUUUAAAUUUGCUUGUGACAAUUAAAUAAUUCUGACAUGUAUUCAAUGCUAUAAAGUAGCAAACAAGGCAUCAUAUUUGAAAAUAGAAAUUUACUCAGGCAAUGUCAUAAUGACCAGAUAACCUGUUGCAAUGAUAUUGAUACCACUGGCUCUAGGAAUUAACCAAACAGUUUUGUACUGCACUACAUCUCGAGCUGAAAUAUCACCCACAUAUGUCAACACCCAGUAGACAACAGAGCAGUUUGACCUACACAGUUUGAUUACAGAUUUAUUUUAUUCAUAUUCAUCCUUUGGCUAUUUAGUUGAAUAUUUUAUUGACUUGGUUGAUUCAUGUUUUGCAUGUGAUUGGCAUUUGAUUAAGAAAUACCUACGUCUCUUAAUUUGGUCAACAACGUUAGCAGUUUGACACCAUCCAGGACAAAGCAGCCCAUUCCAUCAGCACUAUACCGACCAUGUUAAAACAUUAAUUUCCUCCACUACUAAGGCACCCUGACAGCAGUGUGUAUGAUGUGGAAGAGACACAGGGGCAGAUCAACAAGCCUCCUUCAGGCAACUUCCAAAGUCUCAACAUCUAUCACCUAAUACAAAGGCAGCAGAUCCAUGGCAACAUCUCCACCUCGAAGAUUUCCCUUCAAACUACACCAUUCCAGCUUGGAACAAUUGCCACUACUUCACUCUUGCUGAGGCAAAAUCCUGGAACUCCUGUCCUAACAACACUAUGAUGUACCUGCACCAGAUGAACUGUAGCUGUUCAAGAAACCAUCUCAUCACUAUCUUCUCCAGGACAAUUAUGGAUGAGCAACAAAUGCUGGGCUUGACAGAGACUCUGAGGUCAAAUGAAAGAAUUAAAAGAAUAUUGCGGAUGCUGGUUUACAUUUGCACAUGUCUAUGAGCAGCAGCAGUAUGUUGACGAGGAGGCAGCCAAGGAAUGGAACCUUGGGAAACAUUGUACUUAAGAGUUCAAGGGUGGAAAGUACAAUAUAUGCAAGGCUACGCUCUAGCAGCCGAAUACAACCACUUUUUAAUAGCAUUUUGAUAAGUUGCAGGAUCCUUUUGCCAGUCCCGAUGCCAUCUGAGAUUGGCAAUAACAUGUGUGUAAUUCCUUCCUAGACUUCUUUUCCAUUUGACAAAUUGAAGUUUGUUGUAUUGAUGAACAGUAUUGGACACUUCUGGGUAGUUUAGUAUGGUGCGAAGUUUUUUGUCAAGAACACUUGUAAUUUCUGAAUACUUAGUAGCCACAUUUUCCAUUUCAUCUGGAUCAGCUGAUAGAUCUGGAGAAAGGUAGAAAAAUGCUGUCAACACAAAUCUUUCUAAAAGUAACUUUACAACAUAAGGAUAGACACCAUCAUAAACAGAAAAUAAUCUCGGCUUUAUGUCAGAAAGACUGUGGAUAAAGAUUCUUUAAUAUUUUUGAGAAGGUUUGUAACUUGGGUUAUGGAUGAGGUUGUAGACAUACUCGCUGAGCCAGUGGGUUUCGUUGCAGACGUUUCAUCACCCUGUUUAGGUAACAUUGUCAGUGCGCCUCCAGUGAAGCAUUGGUGUUCUGUUCCGCUUGUUAUUUAUAUGCCUAGGUUUGCUGCGGCGGUUGGUAUAAUUUCGGGUUCUGUUUCUCAGUGGUUUGUACA